AUGGGUAUCAAAGGCCUUCAUGGUCUACUGAAAUCCAUCCAAAAACCAUGUAAUUUGAAGAAAUUCGAUGGCCAGACCUUAGGGGUUGAUGCCUACGGAUGGCUUCACAGAGGUACUGUGGCCUGUGCCACGGAACUGGCCCUGAGCAAACCUACCACCAGACAUGUUGACUUCGUACUCAACCGUGUUCGUAUGCUAUUGUUCUUUGGCGUGACCCCCUACCUAGUAUUUGAUGGCGGCGACCUGCCCAGCAAAUCCGGAACCGAAGCCGAUCGAUUCAAGAAGCGAGAAGACAGUAGAAAACUGGCCUUGGAAUUGCAAAGCAAAGGUCGAGUGGCAGAAGCAUACCAGGAGUUCCAAAAGGCUGUCGAUGUUACACCUGAAAUGGCACGGCAAUUGAUUGAAGAAUUGAAGAGAAUGAAAGUGCAAUAUGUCGUUGCUCCGUAUGAGGCAGAUGCCCAAUUGGUUUACUUGGAGCGGCAGGGUAUCAUUAAUGGUAUCAUUUCGGAAGAUUCGGAUCUAUUAGUUUUUGGCGCAAAACGACUUCUCUCUAAGCUGGAUCAGCAUGGUGACUGCAUUGAGAUCAACCGCGGUGAUUUCGCCGCUUGCAGGGAUAUCAGUCUGAUCGGGUGGAGUGAUGCUGAUUUUCGUCGGAUGUGUAUAUUGAGUGGCUGCGACUAUUUAUCAAACAUACCGAAGUUGGGAUUGAAAACGGCCUAUCGAAGCAUGCGCAAAUACAAGAACGUGGACAAAGUACUAAGAGUACUUCAGUUUGAAGGGCACUAUCAGGUUCCGGCCGGAUAUCUUGAUAGUUUCAGACAGGCCGAGAACACAUUUCUCUACCAGCGUGUGUUCUGUCCCAACGCCCAAAAGUUGGUGACCCUUACUGUCUCAGGGCCUGGUAUGAAGCUGGAUGAGAUGCCUUACAUCGGUGCAGACUACGAUCCGGAACUCGCAGUUGGCGUUGCAUGUGGUGAUUUGCAUCCUGUGACAAAGGAGCCCAUCAAGUUUGUUCCGUCCUUUGCUUCAAGAGCUAAUCCGGGCUUGUUGAGGAGACAAACGCUGGCAUCCUCUACUGAACUCAAGCCUCACAAACCCAUCGACUGGUUCUUCACACCUAAACGUGUCCCUCUUGCUGAGCUGGACCCGAACAGUCUCACUCCAUCUCCUAGUCAGCAACGUUUACUCGAGCGUAAUGUCAACAAUUCAUGGCAGCCCAGUCCCAUUAAUGCGCCUGGAGGGUUGGCUCGCUCGAAUUCUAAUGUUUCGUUGAGUCGUCAUUUUAGUAACACACCUAGAACUGUUGAAAUGGAACCAUUCCUUGCACGAGCUGCCAAAGUCUCCUCAGCGCCACCUGCAACGAAACGCCCGCGACUUUGCUCUGAUGCAGGCGAUAAUGCACUUCCGACGCCCCCUGAGCAAGCGAGAAGUCGCUUUUUUACUAAUUCGACUCCGCAACCCAGUCCUAGCGGCCAGAAACUUUCACGGACAAAGAAAGCUCGUCGAUCUACCUUUGGUGUUUUCUCAGACGAGUUGGCUGAAGAUAUAAUGAUCCAACUUUCUUCGGAAACGCCUGAAUCUUCAAGCUCAAAUGAGAAAGCAGAAUCGGAACAGUCGUCGAUUCUAAGAACGUCAACGGAGGCAUUUGACACGCCAGAAGGAGCUCAAACUCCCGCCGACGAUUGUGCUGAAGGACAGUCGUGCUUCGUUUUGGAGGCUGAAGAUGCUACAGAGGAUACAGAAAUCAAGAAUCAGGAAGAGAGCGUUUGUGAUAGGAAGUCAGUCAGCAUCGAUGAGAAUCCAGAUUUAUUCAACGAAGUGCUGGAGGCACAUGUUCAGAAGCAGAAUGCGUCUUUGCUUUCAAAGUUCGUAUUCAAAGGAAAUGCUAGCGACUCUAGUCAGUCCUCUCCUUCCGUGUCUGAGAAGACAUCACUUUCGUCAUUGACGAAACUGCGGUCUCGCUCGCCGCCAAGGCUUACCGGAAAUACCAUUAAUCGAGGUGGCUCACUUCGUCGUAGGCUCACUCCACUUCAAAGACUAGGUCAAAGCGCACUAUCAAGGUCCAGAUCUAUGGACACUUUUACAACACAGCGGAUGCUGACGAAAGCUGCUGGAGACUCUGGAUACGAGUCUGAUUUGGCAAGAGACAUUCCUCAAGAGGCGCAUCUGAAAGCCAACCACCAAGGAAGUGAGGAUCAAAUAAUUCCCGGCAGCGAUGAAGAAGAGACAGAAGAGCUGGAUGACAGGGAACCACCGAAGACGCUCAACUUGAAGCGAUUUUCUUUUAUUCCGCAAUAG